AUCGAAGAGGCUCUUUAAAAAGAGUACUUCGGCCUCCAUCUGACGGCAUCCCCCGCUGCAACCGCCAACUCACCACCUGAUCUAACUGCGAGCACCAAAUAUACCCGAAGUUCUCAUCAGUCGCCAUGGCUGCCAGUGAAAACCAAGAUCCAAACCUCGAAGGGCUUGAACAGGAACAAGAUGUGGAGGUAUUUGACGUCGGCAUGUUCGAAGGUGGAAGUAAAGGAAGCGGCUUCCACACCAAGAACAACCCAAAGGAUCCGUACCAGCGUUCGGAAGUCAUCCAACGGACUGGUCACGGCGUGGAUAUCAGAUGCACUCUGAUAGAUGCGGUUCAUGGCUCCAUGUCCGCGGACAGCGAUUUCUGGGCGACGUUGUUGGUCUUACAGUUCCGCUUUGAUCCUCAGAAGAGGGCACGUCGUGUCUCUGAAGCAACAAUUGAGCUCCGUUUCGAUGUUUCCGACACGAACAACGAGCUCCCCGAGGUUGAAGCAGUAUCUUUCGACGGCAACUACAGCUUCCUACCUAGCAAACAAUCCGAGACCAUCGUCACUGGCGCCGACGGAGGCAUUGGAGCCAGCUACGGAGCAGAGCUCAACGCUUCGCUGAAAUGGGAGAAGACGGUAGCUCGCGAAACGGCAGACGCAACCACCGUCAGCGGAGGGAAGCUCGUUCUCGACAACAUGCCCCCCAACCGGGUGGCCAAGUGGACUCUUCUGGAGAACAAAACGCUCAAGACAGGAGUCCCGGCAUCCAUACAGGUAGCCGUUAGGAUCAAGCGGAGGGACGAGGCAGUCUUCACUUGCAUUCCAAAGCUGCAGUGCAAGGCAGACAAGUGGACCUCUGUACAGUCUUUCUUUGGAAGGGUGCCCGAAGAUGACCCUGUGCUGCUCAAGCCGGACAUGAAGGCGACCAACAAGCUCAAAGUGUACGACACGGAGGAGCUGGGUAGCAUCGACUUGCAGAAGCUGAGCGACGUUACCUUCACAACCAUGAUCCUGGAUGCUCAGAAGUAACGCGUGGGGGCCAAAAGUGGUCAGCAAACAGGGAAUCAGUUUCAGGCCCGCUUUCUGACAGAGUGAUAUGCAUCCGUAGGGCUCAGAUGCCUGUAUUAUUCG